AUUGGAAUCAUAGCACAUAACUCCUUGUAAUAGUAAUUAAGCUAAGAGAUCAUAUAACAAUGGCUGCUAAUUUUAAAACAUCUUUUUUUCAUUUAUGUGUUGUUGUUUUAAUCAUAAAUAGUGUUGAAAUUGAAGGUAAUAUUAAGGUGGGGUUUUAUAAGGAGUCAUGUCCUCUUGCUGAGACCAUUACUAGUAAUGUCGUUAAAAAGACUUUGUCUGUGGCACCUUCCCUCUCUGGCCCCUUAUUGAGAAUGUUUUAUCAUGAUUGCUUUGUUAGGGGUUGUGAUGCUUCCGUCCUGUUAGAUUCUCUUGCAAAACAAGCUGAGAAAGAUGCGCCACCAAACAAAAUUCUGAGAGGAUAUGAAGUUAUAGAGAGGGUCAAGACCGCAUUGGAAAUACAUUGUCCAGGAGUUGUUUCGUGUGCUGAUAUUGUAGCUUUGGUAUCUAGGGACGUUGUGGUUGAGACUGGUGGAGCUUCAUGGCAAGUUGAAACGGGAAGAAGAGAUGGUGUUGUUUCAUCGAUUAAUGAAGCUUUAGCUAAUUUGCCACCACCCUUUGCCAAUAUAAGCUCUUUGAAACAAGCUUUUAAGCAAAGAGGACUCAAUGACAAGGAUCUUGUUGUCUUAUCAGGUGCACACACAAUAGGCAUAGCACAAUGCUCCUCAUUCCUAAACAGGUUGUACAAUUUCACCGGAAAAGGAAACCAAUUCUUUGAUCCAUCCAUGGAUCCCUCUUACGUAGCUGCAAUGAGGAAGAAAUGUUUAAAAAAUGGACCAAAUAAUUUGGUAGAAAUGGAUCCAGGAAGUUCAAAGGUAUUUGAUGAACAUUACUAUGAACUUGUGUCAAAAAGAAGGGGAUUAUUUGAAUCAGAUGCAGCUUUACUGGAUGAUGUUGAAACUAAAACUUAUGUACAAACACAUAAGGGUGGAAAUGCAGAAAGUUUCUUUAAAGAUUUUGGAGUUUCCAUGGUUCGUAUGGGUAGGAUUGGUGUUCUAACUGGGAAUGCUGGUCAAAUAAGAAAAGUAUGUUCAAAGGUUAAUUAAUUAAAACUAAAUAUUUAAAUAAUUAUGUGGGAAAUUAAAUUUUUUUUUUGUUGUUUUAUUUUAUUUUUCUUAUGUUGUGUCCUUUGAAAUUGUUGAUGCUCCACAGGAUAAGUUUGCCACAUUUGUAACCUGUAUUUUAUUACCUACUUUUGUGUGAGUUGCAAAAUUAAAAUGUAAAUAAUGAUCAAGGGAUUUGUAAUCAUUGGCGCCAAGUUGAAUGAAGAAAAGUCAUGUAUGUGAUUGUCAAACAUGCAUCAUUUUUUUUUUAUAAAGUAAGUUGUAGAGGUAU